UAUUUCAUAUUAUUUUUGUUUCUUAUUCCUUUUAUAAUACGCUGCAAGUGUUUAAGUAAUUAUCUACACCUAUUAAUUUAAAAAGGUGAUUUGUUGAUACCGAAGAUGGAACUGGAGUUUAGAGCUUAAACGAGUUAUUCGCGUAUUUUCGUUCGAAACAAACUUGAAAAAUCGUCAUAAAAAUCUCAUUUACAAAAUUAACAUUUAUUUAAAUUAUAUCAUUAUAUACAUUUUAUUGUUAAAUAAGUGAAUCACAAAGCCACGACCCUGAAUUGUUUUCAGGAAACAACUGUGUUGGACUUGUUACAGGUAAUAUCACGAAAAAAUCCAGAAAAAUUUACCAAGGCUGAACAAACUAGUUCUAUAACACAUACGUUUUAUACGAACAAGAGAGUAUGUUUACGAUUAGUAUAUUGCACCGACUAAAUAACUUAUGAUGUGUUACAGCAACUGCUAAAAAUUUUGAAUCAGUAGUAUAGUUUUGAACGUCGCAUCAUUGAGAUACUAACAGGGUUGAGCGCACUAAAAAAAAAAUUUUGUUUUACAAACCUCAAAUAAUUGUUUUUUUAAAGUUUGCUUACUAUUUUCACACAACUCUAUAUAAGCGAAAAUGGUUCUAUCACCGCCAAAUGAACAACAGGAACAAGCUAUCAAAAAUCUAUACUUCUACAAAGACCCUAAAGAAACUGAAGAAGAUAUUGACGCUUUGAUUGAAUGGUUGUCCAAACAACCUCAUUUACCUAAUAUAACAGACCGAGUAUGGUUGAGACAUUUCCUCAUUGGCCGUAAAAAUAAUUUGCAAAUGACAAAGAAAGUUCUUGAAUCAUACUUUACGAUUCGUGUAGAAAUGCCUGAAUUUUUCAACGACAUGUCAAGUGAUGCAGAAUGGAUUCAAAAGGCAGUUAAAGUUGGAAAAAUGUCAGUAUUGCCGAAAAUGACACCGGAAGCAAAUCGCGUGCACAUUAUUCGGUCAAUUGAAAACAACGACGGAGACUUCGAUGCGAUCGCUAUGUGUAAAGGAUCAUUGAAAACCAUUGAUUAUUUGAUGCGUCGAGAACCCGUUUACGGAUUGGUGUUCUUGCUCGAUCUCAAACAUUGUCAACUGUCUUAUUUAUUAAGCUUCACACCUACAUUAACAAAAAACCUAAUGAGAUGCAUAGACGAGGCUACGCCAUUGCGAGUAAGAGGGGUCCACUACGUGAAUCCACCAAAGUUUGUGUCCCGUUUGGUGAAUUUCUUCAAACUGUUCAUGCCGUCUAAAAUUCAAGACCGAAUUGUCAUUCACGAAACCUACGACACACUUUACGAAUACAUUCCCAGGGAUGUGUUGCCGGACGAGUACGGCGGUACCGCGGGCAGUAUCGAGAAAUUCGAAGACGACAUCAUGAGAGCGACAAAGGAAGACGACGAAUGGUACAGAAAUAUGCCUAAAGCCGAUUUAUCGAAACGACCAAUGCAACCGAAAAAGAUUGAUAUGGACAUGAGUGGCACUUUUAAGAAAUUGAACAUCGAUUGAACCACAUUAUACGCUGAAUAAAAUAUAAUUUCGUUCACGGUAGACUUUUAAUAAUUAUACUAGCGAUUUGACGUAUUUGGUGAAUAAUAGCCGUGAAUUCAAACAAUACGAACACGAAAUGCUAUAAUAGUAUUAUAAGUAGACAGUACUAUAACAUUUGACAAUAUAUACACGGAUAAACGCGGUAUACAUUCUCAAUAAUUACUAUAGCUAUAUUUAAUAUAUUUAUUUGUUUAGACGUAGAAAACAUUAUUAUAUUUUCAAUUUUGGUUUUGAUAUUUUAUUUAAAUGUACCUUUUGGCCUGCAAAAAGUUACUUAAUCGUAUUUGUCUGUUUAAUGUAGACUGUAGAUUAAUCGGUAGACAUUACUCAUUUAGUAUUAUUUAAUUUAAUAUCUUCGGUAUGAGGUAUUUAUUAUUUAAGCAUAAAAAUUAGAAAUAAAUGUAUUGUAUGUUUUUCAACUAUGUAGAUUAUACGUAUUGUGGUAAUAUAAUGGUAAUAUAAUGUUUGGUAGUAAAGUAUUAUUAAAAAACAAAAUGUGAUUUCGUAAAGCGAAAAAUAAUAAAAACGUCUUGUAUUUAUUUUUUUCUUUUAGAAACAUGAAACCUAGUGGGAAACGUUUGCACAGUACUGCCACUAUUGGGCAUUAUUGGCCCUAUAUCAUUUAUACAAAUAAUAAAAAAAAAAAUGUAUCAAU